UGUGUAAAGUUUUGUGCUUUUUGUAGGACUUGUGUUUUUUUUUUAUAUUCUUGUUGAAGAACUUUCACUUGAGUUUGUUUUAGUCUGUGGAUUUUUUCUUCUUUUUUGGGUGGAGAAGUUGUGAGCUCUCUUUGAGAUUGAAUCUGUUCUGGUGUUUGUUCUGCAUUGCUUGCAAAAGGGAAUUGAAGUGUUUUAUGCUUGGAUUUCAUGAUCAAGGUGUCAUUUUUCUUGUCCAAAGGAGUGUUUAUUGGAAGAUUUAUCAUUGAAGUGAUGAUGAUAGCGUGGAUCUGAAAGGCUCUUGAUCUCAAAGAAAAACAAAGAAAUGGGGGCAGAGAAAGGCAGUAAGAGAAGUGGUGGUUUCUUUCACUUGUUUGACAGAAAUCGAAAAUCUCGAAAGAAACUCUUCGCCAAUGAGAAUAUUUCUCCUGAAGGAACAAAGCAAGUGAAUCGCAUUCAUGACAAUCAACAAAACACAAGGCUUAAUUUGAUUGACGACGAAGAUAUUGUCAGACUAUCAACUGUCAUAGGAGGUAGCAGUUAUAGUUCUGCUUCUUCAGUGACGGAUGAUGGAGUUAAUGGAAUUAGAGCUCCGGGACUAGUGGCAAGACUAAUGGGAUUGGAUCCUUUGCCAACAUCAAGUGUUUCUGAAUCCUUUUUUAUGCCUUUAUUUGAUAAACGGCAAUUUCAAGAUAAACUUUGCAAUAAAAGAAGCCAUGUGUCGUACACGGACGAUGAAUUCGGCUUUGCAAAUCACAGAAUUGAUAGUAAUAAAAAGAUGCCAAGCAGCCCAAUCGAAAGGUUCCAAAGAGAAAUGAUGCCUACAACUUCAAGAUUGGCUAGAUCACUACCAAUCACACAGCACAAGCUGUUAUCGCCAAUAAAGAAACCCGGGUUUAUAUCUGCUCCGAGUGCGGCUCAUAUAAUGAAGGCAGCAGCAAAGAUCCUUGAACCAAAACUUCAACAAACAUUCGGUUCAUCUUCAACUUCUCUCAAGGUUUGUGAAUCAAGGGAGAGUGUCAUCACAUAUCAGAAGGCAUCAAAGAUUGCAGAAUCGUCAUCGAAAAGAUAUAUGGAAUCAACCGUGGCAAGGACACUGAGAGGGCAACCUUUGAGUAAAAGUUGGAAUGGAUCAGAAUGGAAUGCAAAUUCUUCUAGGCCUUCACUUGACUUGGAGAAGAAUAAUUCAGAUAAAACAACUGGUAAAGGAAAAUCAAUCUCGCUAGCAAUUCAAGCUAAGGUGAAUGUUCAGAAAAGGGAGAACUUAGGUGCUUACACUAGGAGUAUACCGGCGGAAGAGAAUGCGGAAUCUAAGAUGAACCAACCAUUCCAAAAGCAUAAACAGACAAACAAAUCUUCGGCAAUUCACACUACUGGUGUGCUCAAACAAAAUAAUCAGAAACAAAACUGUCCAGUAAGUAGAGAAAAGUCAGCUAAAAAGGCAUUGAUCUCUAACCAGAAACGAAGAAAGGCAGUUCACACGGAAACUUCCUCCGGCAAGAACAAGACUGUAAAUAAGCUUUCAGUAAACCAGAAAAAUUGCCUGAGAAAGGAAGUGUUGGAUAACAAAAACUUGUCUCAAAAGAAAAGAUUGAUUGGUGUCAGUAAGCAAGAAAAACCUGCUCAAGCCAAUGUUCUUAUUGACGAGCAAUUAAGACAGAAGGAAGAUGAUGAAGGAAAUGGUCCAGAUGUUGUUUCUUUUACAUUCACUUCUCCUUUGAUAAAAGACUCAAAGGAUUGGAAUGCGUUUCACCGCGAUACUUUAUGUGAAACUUCUCCGGGGCUGAGUGUUGAUGCCUUGAGUGUUCUUUUGGAACAAAAAUUGAGAGAAUUAACAUCUGACAUUGGAUCACCACCUGCAUUGCAAGAAUCCAUGGUUGCUUCUUUAGAUGAUGUGACUUCAAUUGAUGGUCAGGUGACAGGUACAGAGGAGAGUUUGACGGAAGUACAAGGGCCACUUAACUUAAAGCUUGAACACAACCACCAACAACCAAGUCCCCUCUCCGUGCUCGAAGUUGAGUUCUCUAAUGAAACUUGCAAUUCACCUGAGAGUUGGGAUGAAAGCAAGAUGUGUUCAUCCUCAGUUCAAGCUCAAAAUGUAGCUGGUUCAAACAACAGUAGCAGAAAUCCAACAGCGGCAGAAGAAGAGAAGGAACUAACAGAUUCAGCUUCUUCCAGAGAACAUACAUCAAAGUUCGACAAUUUUGGGUUGUCACUAAAUCCUAAUCUUCUCAAGAAUUUGGAAAGUGAAGAUGGAGGACAGAUCACGGAUUGUGAAACAAGGCAGAAACUGUUGUCAGAUUGUGUGAAUGAAUGCUUGGAAGUGAAAUAUAACAAGUACUUCAGGGCAGGAUACAAGAACUGGGCAAAGGGAUCAAGUUUGAUUGGGAAGGAGAUGACUGAGGAGCUUUACAAGGAGAUAUCAGGGUGGAAGAGCAUGGGAGAAUGCAUGGUUGAUGAGCUUGUAGACAGAGACAUGAGCAACCAUCUGGGUAAGUGGACUGACUUUGAAAUUGAGGCUUUUGAAGAAGGAAUAGAUAUCCAAAGAGAUAUUUUAACUUCUUUGAUAGAUGAACUUGUGCAUGAUCUUGGCAGCAAACGCUAAAUGCUGCUGUGUUCUUUCUACCUUAAUGAAAAAUUCUUUUCUUUUUUUUUAUUACUCAGAGAAACUA